AUGCUCACUUCCGUCUCUCUUUUGGCCCUGCUCGCGGGCUCGGCCCAAGCUUUCUGGCGCUUGCCAUGCAAUAAGCCCGUCGUGAACGGCCUGAUUGACCCUAUCGUUUCUCCCGGAAAGGCGAACAGUCAUUCUCACACCAUCAUGGGCGCCAACGGUAUCAACCUGGACUCGACCUACGACGAACUGGUCGCUUCGGACUGCACUACUUGCAAGGUUUCCGCGGACAAGUCUGCUUACUGGAUUCCUGGAUUGUACUAUAAGUACCCGAACGGGUCCUUCCAGUCCGUCGACCAUGGCGGCAUGCUUGUUUACUAUCUCCAGCGUGGCGGUUCCAAUGAGACCAUCAAGGCGUUCCCUCCCGGCCUCCGCAUGCUUACCGGCGACCCUUUCGCUCGCAACAACACCGGUAGCAUCGAAUCUCAGGCCAUCAGCUGGAACUGCAUUGACUAUAACCAGAACUACCCCGAGACUCCUGGUUUCGACCAGUUGAUCUGCCCCAAUGGUCUUCGCGCUCAAGUGUUCUUCCCUUCGUGCUGGGAUGGAACCAAUCUCGACUCCGCCGACCACAAGUCGCACAUGGCCUACCCUGACGGUAUCAACAACGGUGUCUGCCCCUCGUCCCACCCGGUCCACUUGAUCUCCAUCUUUUACGAGAUCUACUUCAGUGUCGACCCCUUCAACAAGCUCAACGACGGCGGUAGCUUCGUUCUUUCCACGGGUGACCCUACGGGUUACAGCCUCCACGGCGAUUUCUACAACGGCUGGAACCAGGAUAUCCUUCAGCAAGCUGUCGAUCAGUGCACCAACGACAGCGGCGUCCUUGAGGAUUGCGGUGUUUUCACUGGCCAGAACCUCAUCAUUUCCGACGACACUGCCAACUCCUGCUCUGCAACGGACCCGAUCGGCGUGAACGUCGAUGGCGUGCUGCCCUACCUGCCGAACUGCGUGGCUAUCCAGGAUGGUCCCCAGGAGGCCACUCCAGGUGUCCUUACCCCGGGUUGCACGCCCGUCUCUGGCACUGGCAACACCACCCCGAAGUCGUCCUUCGCCGCUGUCUCCUCUGCGGUUGCGUCGACUUCCGUCGGUUCCCCGGCUACCACGAAGGUUUCCGUCUCCUCGACUUCGGUCAUCGCUGCCCCCACAGUGUCGUCGACCUCCGUCAAGCCUGUAACGCCCAGUUCUUCGGCAGCAUCAGUGCCAGUUGCAUCGUCUUCCCCAGCCGCCCCUGCAGUGUCGUCGACGUCCGUCAAGCCUGUGGUGCCCAGUUCCUCAGCAGCAUCGGUUCCAGUUGCAUCAUCUGCCCCUGCCGUCUCAUCGUCGGUGAGCGCUGUUGUGCCGACUUCGGUCUUGGGCGGAAAGACCGGUGUCCUGGCCGCGACAUCCGUCGCUCCCACCGCGACCACCGAGGCGUCUGUAGCGGCCUCUUCCGCCGUCGCACCGUCCGCCCUCCCCACCGGCAAGUCGUCGACAUGCGCCGCCAAGGCCAGGCGCGGCAGUUCCAAGUUCGUCAGCAAGCCCAAGCCGAACGUGCACCACUAUCGCCAGAACGCCAACCGUGCGCGGUCGUUCUAA